AUGUCCCAAAGAAACUCGCCUUUUAAAAGAAGGCAAAGUAUUUCAAACAAAUCAGCAACUGGAGAUGUAGAAACAACAACAACAACACCAACACCAACAACCACCACUACCACUACAUCCUCAUUGUCAUCAUCAACUUCAUCAACAAUACAGAGACAACCUAUGAAGAUAGAAUCAAAGAUAUCAUUUAAUUUUAAAAAGAGAAAAGAUCCGAAUGAUAAUGAAACUGAUAAUAUUAAAUUGGAUAAUGAAAAAACUUUCUCAAAUAAAAAUGAAAAUAACUCAUUACCAAUAAAUCAAUUGAUCCAACUUUCAAUAGAUCAUAAUAACAAUAAUAAUAAUAAUAAUAAUAAUAAUAAUAAUAAUAAUAAUAAUAAUAAUAAUAAUAAUAAUAAUAAUAAUAAUAAUAAUAAUAAUAAUAAUAAUAAUAAUAAUAAUAAUAAUAAUAAUAAUAAUAAUAAUAAUAAUAAUAAUAAUAAUAAUGACACUCAAAAAGGCACUAAUAAAAAUGAAAACAAUUGUACAGAUUCAAAUAAAAAAGAUUUAUCCACUUCCACCACCUCUUCAUCAGAAACAGGAUCAUCAACAAAGAUUAAAAACGAAGCUAAAACACCUCAGUCAUGUUUAAAAAAAUCAAAUAAUAAUAAUAAUGAUAAUAAUAAUAAUAAUAAUAGAAAAACACCUCGAUCAACAAAAAAGGUGAAAUAUCAUGAAAAUAUAACAAAUGAUCCAAAUUUUAAAGAAGAAAAUAUAGAAAAACAAAUUAAAAAUGAUACAAAAGAAAUUAAAGAGAAUAUAGAUAAUAAAGAGAAUAACCUCGAAUCACAAAUUGUAAAUAUUAAUCAAUCAACUACACCAAUAGAAACAACAUCAGUAACAUCGACAACAUCAACAGCAACUACAACUACAACCACACCAAUACCAAAUGAAAUACCACCACCUCAACAAACUCAACCAACUAGAGAAAAAAUAACGCCAUCAGCAGAAUCAAAGGAAAGAAUGAUAUUAUUAAGAAAUAUAUUAAUAGAGAAAUUAAAAGAUACUCCACAACACUUAAAAAAGCAUGUUCGUGAAAUAAAUAAAUUAUUUUUACUUCAAGUUUUAAAAAUACCAAUACCCAAAGAAGAUGAACAAAAAUCAAUAAUAAAAAAGGAACAACAAGAACAACAAAAAAAAUUACAACAACAACAACAACAAAUAUCUCUAGCAAAUGCUCAAUCUUCAUUUUUAAAUAAACCAACUAAUAAUACAGAAACACCAACCACCACCACCACCACCACCACAACAACAACUACAACACCAUCACAACCCAUUCAAAUGCCAAUUGAAUCAAUUGGUAAUUUAAAAAAUUUGGAAGUACUAAUGAGAAUACAUACACUAAAAAUGUUAAUUGAAAAAUGGUCAGAGGAAGAAAAGAAAUGGAAAACACUUUUAAAAGAAUAUUCAUCAAAUGGGAAAGAAAGUAUAAUACUUCAAACACCAUCUAGAACCAAAAUUGCUGCAACUAAUUCAAUUCAAAAUUCAAUUAAAAAACAACAAAAACCAACUAAAUCAUCAUCAUCAACAUCAAUACAACAAAAUAAUCAAGAAGAAAAUGAUAAAAAUAUAAAUAAUAAUAAUAAUAAUAAUAAUAAUAAUAAUAAUAGUAAUAAUGUUAAUAAUAAUAAUAAUAAUAAUAAUAAUAAUAAUAAUAAUAAUAAUAAUAAUAAUAAUAAUAAUAAUAAUCAAAUGGUAUCACCAAUAAUAUCAGAUGAUCCAAAAAUGAUUCAAAUCACAAAUAGUAUAUCUAAACUCUCCAUUCAAUUGGACGAGGUAAAACCAAGAUUAAAACAAGUUGAACAAAAUUCAAUAGAUAUUGAAAAGUUUUAUGAUGAAACAUCAGUGUACUAUCAAAAACAAUCAUUAAAAAAUUUAAAAGAUGUUGAUAAUCCUAAAAAAUUAAUUAAAAAUUUACUUUCAAAUAAUACAAUAUCAUUAUCAAAUAAAUAA